CCACGCAGUAUAUUAGAAUUUUCAAUAAAAAACAAACGGAUUUAGCGCGAGACUUGAGAGGAAGAAUGGGGGACUCACUAGCAGAGCUGGAGCGAAUCCAAACCCAAAUCCUCGACCGCACUUCAGACCUGGAGAUCUCCUUCGCCUCUCUUCUUCCCCAAACCGCCACUCAAAACGACGCCGUCUACGGCGGCACCGGAGCUCGCCUCUCCGCGAUUCUCAAAUCCAAAGGCGUCAACGACUUCUCUUUUAAGAGAGUCGCCUCCGAUUACUACGACUGGCCUCUCGAAUCCCGGCGCGACGCCGUCGGAGCCGCCUCCGUCCAACAUCUCUGCAAAAGCAUUGUUCUGGUUAACACUCAAGCCAUUCCUAGUGUGGUUGACUGUAGUGACCGCAACAAUUCAAAGUAUUACGUUGUGGUCGUUCAGUAUGCUGCUAGGUUUAAUGCCGAAGCUGUUAAAAACUUCUUGUAUACGCUCAACCAAGGCAAAAUCGCCAAAAAGAAGUUCAACUUGAGGCUUGCACCUGAGGAGACUUCAAUACAAUUGACUGGGUUUGAGCACAACGCAGUUACAUGUAUUGGCAUGAAAACAGAAAUUCCGGUUAUUUUGGAUGAAGCAAUUCAGAAACUUAAUCCUGAUUUCUUCUGGUUGGGUGGUGGAGAGGUUGAUCUGAAGCUGGGUAUCAAAACCUCCCAGUUCAUAAAUGUUGUUAAACCUUUUAUUGUGAGCUGUAGUAGUGCACUUGAUUGAUACAUAUAAACUAGAUUCCAAAUUUCUGUAUGAACAGUAUAUCAGAGCACAUGUUACUAUGUUAGAGACCAAAGAACUGUCAUUAUCAGAGUGAUCUUGCAAUAAAGAGAUGUCCAUUUCGCCUCCCGAA